UUCCUUCCUCCUUUGCUCUCUCUGCUCCGGUCCCGACGACGGCGGAACGGAGGCACCGGAUGGCGGGCAAGGGCGAAGCCGCGUCGCCUUGGGGCUGCUGUGCUCCACGGCCGGCAUCGGCAUGGCCUCUCCUCCGUCGCUGGAGCUGGAAGCAAGCGUCGCAGGCUCAGGUCAGCUUCCCACUCGCAUGCCCACCAUGUGCUUGUGCUUAUGCUUAUGCCCACCAUGUGCCUGUCAUAGCACAAACUACUCUAGAUUGGACGGAUGCAGCUGCCAUCCAACUUAUCAUCCUGAGGACUAGUCCUGCAUGCUAACAAAUAAGUAUGUUGGGACGGAGCUCAUGUGCGAUGCCGGCGCCUCUAGCUUUGCUCUCAGCCCAGCACAAGAAAAAGGUCCGGGCCAGACUGCCCAUUCCAUCCCAUGCUGCUCUACUGUACCAACACGUCAGCUUGCUUGCGUUAGCCCAAACUACACACACUCUGCAAGUCUGCAUCAUCAGCCAGCUAGCAAAGAUCAGGCAGGCGGCAGCGGCAUCCAUCACCGGCGAACCAUCAAGGCGCCCUUGUCCAUCCCUGCAUCCGGCCACGGGAUGGCCGAGACCGCCCUCGGCGCCGCACAAUGGGUGGUGAGCAAGGCGCUAGCCCCCUUCGCGGAUGGCGUGCUGGAGGCUUGGGCGGCCACCAGGACAUUUGGCCUCAACAUCCAGGCCCUCAAAACUGAACUGGAGAAGGUGCAGGCCACGCUUGAAAUAGCCGCCACCAAGGAGCUCCCCGGGCUGGCCACGGAGAAGAUGCUGCAGAAGUUGUGGGACUCGGCGCACAAUGCCGAGGACUUGCUGGACGAGCUGGACUACUUCCGCAUCCACGACGAGCUCCACGGCACGUACGACGCUGCCGACCAGCACGGCGACGAUGCCCUCCGCGACCUCGCCUUUGAUGCUCGCCACACCAUCAAAGCUCUUGGCAAACUGGUCAACUGUUUCCCAUGGCAGCGUGCUGAGCUCCAGCAGAGGCCAACCAGCAUCAUCCAGGAGUUCAGCGGAUGCAUGCCCAGCCUCGGUAAACUGCUCCUUUCCUCAUGUUCCCCACAUCCACAUGUUCGUGGUGAUGAAGAUCGUGGCAUUGCGCAAGAAACACCGAUGCCUGAGUUUAACAGGGCUGAUUUCUCCCAAAGGAUGAAGGACACUGUAGAGCAACUAAAGCUUAUGCGUAUUGAUGUUAAGGAUAUUCUGCAGACUUGUGGCCACAGAACUGUCCUAGACAUUUCCCAGCGUCGUGCCACCACCACACCUCAGAGUGCAGAGCCAAAACUGUAUGGGAGGGACCAUGUCAUGAAUAAUAUCAUACAUGAUAUCACCGAGGGUCAAUACUGUGACAAGGGUCUAACCGUGCUUCCGGUUAUUGGUCCGGGGGGAAUGGGGAAGACAACCAUGAUACAACACAUAUAUAACAACCAACAAGCGCAGAAUCAUUUUCCAGUCAGGAUUUGGAUAUGUGUGUCGUUCAAUUUCAACCUGGAUAAGGUGCUGGAGCAGAUUAAAGAAGAUACCCUUGCGGUUGAAGGUGAGAAUGGGUGUAGCACAACACAAGAGCUGAUUGAACACAGAUUGAAACACAAAAGGUUCUUACUUGUAUUGGAUGAUAUAUGGCAGUUUACUGAUGUGGAUGACUGGAAAAAACUAUUGUUGAUACUCGGCAAGUCACAAGAGAAGGGUUCCGUGAUUCUAGUCACAACUCGGCAAAAAGAAAUAGCAGACCAGGUUAAGAAAAGUGCAGAGCCAAAAGAACUGAACGGUUUAGAACCUGGAGAGUUUAAGAAGUUAUUCCUUGUAUAUGUCUUUGAUGUUGAGCAAUGUCCAGGGGAUAAACGUUUUUUGCUUGACACUGGAGAUAAGAUAAUGGGAAAACUGAAGGGCUCCCCUCUUGCAGCAAAGACCGUUGGUAGAUUACUGAGGACAGACCCUAGUUUGGCUCAUUGGAAAAGGGUCCUAAAUAGCAAACAAUGGGCGAAACAGUCCAAUGGAAUUAUGCUUGCCUUGGAGCUUAGCUAUGGCUUUCUCCCUUUCCAUUUGCAACGGUGUUUUUCCUAUUCUGCAUUAUUUCCUGAAGAUUACCGUUUCAGAAGCCGUGAGCUCAUCAGCCUAUGGAUCGGACUAGAUAUUUUGACACCUUCUGAUCAAAACCCAACCUUUGAAGGCAUAGGUCUGAGCAUUUUGAAUGAUCUAGUCAUCCAUGGAUUUUUCAGAGAAUAUAAAACUGAUGGUGGUCUGCGGUAUGUUAUGCAUGACCUACUGCAUGAGUUGGCAUUGAAGGUUGCAUCACAUGACUGUCUUCGUCUUCGUCUCCCUGAUGUUGGAUCGGUAGAAAUUAAGCCAUCCACCCGACACUUGUCUAUAAGCAUAGAGAACUUGGGUGGAUAUAAUGGUCAAAAAUUAAAGAGGGAAUUGGAAAAACUGAAGACAAGAUUGAAGGUUGAACAUUUGCAAACACUGAUGUUAUUUGGAGCAAUGGAUGAAGGUUCUGCUAAGAUAUUUGGUGAUUUUCUCGGGGAAGCAAAUGCUCUUCGUGUUCUUUAUUUGCCCCUCCUGAAGUAUCCCGUGGAGUCCAUGGUACAUAAUUUUUCAGGACUUGUCCACCUACGAUUCCUAUGUCUAGGGUGUUUACCAAUUAACAUCUCUAAAUUUUAUCAUCUAAGGGUUCUAGAUCUUAAGUCAUGGUCUAGCAGUGGUGAUUUUCCUGAAGACACAAGCAACCUUGCAAAAUUGUGCCAUUAUUAUACCCCAAGAGAUGAUAAGCUUCAUUAUGAUAUUUGUAAUGUGGGAAAAAUUCAGCUCUUGGAAAAGUUGAAGGUAUUUCGGGUCAAUAAAAAAAAUGAAGGAUUUGAACCAAAGCAACUAGAGCCACUGACCAAGCUAUGGGAGCUUGGCAUCUACAACCUUGAGAAAAUACAUACAAAAAAAGAAGCAGCUCAAGCAAAACUGAUUGAGAAGAAAUACUUGAGGAGGUUAACAUUGGAUUGGGAUAGUAAGCGAUCUAGUGAUGAGCCUGGUGUGGAAGCAAUGGUUCUUGAGUGCCUUCGACCACAUGAAAAUCUUGAAGUGUUGUGCAUUAGAGGGCACAGAGGCCCCACUUGUCCAAGAUGGCUGGGUGAUGAGCUUGCUGUUGAAGCUCUACAAUUUCUUCGUCUUGAUGGUGUUUCUUGGAAGGUUUUCCCUUCUUUACGGAACAUGGGGGAUCUUUGUGAGCUUGAGAUACAAGAUUGUCCAGAAUUCUCGUCUGUGAUUCCCACCUCCUGGAUUGAGAGUUUGCGUCGCGUCUCGAUUGAAGGUGUCAAGCUACUAAAGAGGUUUGCAUACUCAAAAUCAUCACAUGGAGCACAACUGGAAAUCAUUGGAUGGGGUGAUCUGCAAAGGUUAGACCAAGUGUUAGUUUUCGAUAAAGAAACAGGUCUUGAGAAGCUGACACUCGAGAGAUGCCCACCUUUGGAGUUGAAGCACCUUCUGAUGCUAACCUCGCUGAAGACACUGAUUUUAAAGCAUUCAGCUGGUCUGGCUGGUCUGGCUGGACUACUAGGAGGUCAGGGUGAUGUGGAAUGGCAGCUCCCUGUUGAGCACAUCGAGAUCUGCCACUUACAUGGUAAUAGUUGGAAUGAAUUGACAGAGCUCUUCCCACACCUCCCAAAGCUCUCCAAAUUGGAGAUACGGGAUUGUAAAAACAUAAAACAGCUGGUAGUGGGGGUGGAUCUGCGACAAACAACACCAGAGAUGGGGGGAGGUGAAAUAACAGCAGCAACGGAGGAAGAGGACGAUGGAGUACUGCUCUUCCCAGCUCAUCUCUGUAACUCACUACAGAAAUUGAAGUUAUUUUCAUGCCCAGAGCUGGUCCUGGUGGACCCGCCAACUCUUGUUCCUGGAGGAGGAUGGCUCCAAGCCUUGCGAUCCCUCCAGAGAUUAAGCAUAAAGUAUUGCCCAAAGUUUCUAUCCGCCUUCUCGUUUUCCACUCACAUUUUCCCUUCCUCCCUGCAAUUCCUGGAGCUUACGAAACUAGAAGGGAUGGGGACACUAGAGCCUCUCUCAAACCUUUCUUCUCUUACCAGAUUAGUAUUGGAAUUUUGUGGAAAGAACCUGAAAUGUCAGGGACUGCGGUCUCUCCUUACCACCGGCGGCCAGCUCAAGGAAUUGGAUGUCAGGGGCAGCCAUGGAUUCUUUGCUAAUUGGGAUCCAAAUCCCAGACGGGCUUUGGAGGAUGUUGAAGGAGGACAAGAGCAGCCAACACAGCUUGUUUCAUCCACGCUGCGGAAGCUUUGCACAGACGACGCAGCUGGACUCCUUGCUGCACCCAUCUGCAGCUUCCUUUCUUCCUCUCUCACCAAGCUGAAACUUCAUGGGUAUGAGCCUGAAGGGAUGGAGCGCUUGAGCAAGGAGCAAGAGGACGCCCUUCAGCUCCUCUCCUCCCUCCAGAAACUUGAGUUUAGGCAUUUCCACCAUCUUCAGCAAAUCCCUGCAGGGUUGUGCAACCUUACCAGCCUCAAGAUGUUAUCAAUCAACCACUGUCCUGCCGUCUCGUCAUUGCCCAGCGAUGGCCUCCCCAAGUCACUGGAAAAGCUAGAUGUCUAUGACUGCAGCGAGGUGCUAAAACGCCAGUGCAGGUGGAUGUUGGGAACGAUCCCCAAAACCAUAAGAGGAUGAUCCAAGGACAAUGCCUUGGAGUUCCCUUGUACAUUCUUCUAGCCAUGUAGUGCUCUGCUCUUUCCAUACAUACACACUUGCCACAUGCAUGACAUGAGGGUCUUGUGGACGCUGUCUUCCUUCCUGUACAAAUUAUCUGGUGUUCGUUUGAUCUCGUAGGCUUCUUCAUAUUUGCAUUUUAAAUUUGGGUUAUUGUUAUUCAUCAAGACUCGGUAGUCUACUUGCAUAAUUUGGGUUUCACAAUCAGAAUUAUGGAAUAAAUGAGAAUAUGAGUGAAGAACUGAAGGAACUCAUAUUAAGGUGUUCUUGUGCUUCUGAUGGAUGUCUGAAGCUUGUCCCCUGGUAACGUCGCUCAGACUGACUUAAAUUGCUGCAUGCCAACAUAACAUGGAAUGGAAGGUACCCUACCCUGCCUGCUGGCAAAAUGUUCAGCUUGUCCUUGAGCCAGUUUAUCCCAUAAUCAUGGUGGUAUUCAAGGAGUGCCACACUCGUACUCGAUGGCUCCAGCAAUGUGUGCACCUGAAACACUGCAGAACAUUGAUUCAUGUGAGAAUUGGCUUGCAAGAAGUCCAUGGAGUAGGAGUUAUGCAGAUCUAUAGAGAUGCAGUAUGCUUGCUGGAGCCAUGCUAAGGAAGAAGUAGAGUGACACAUUGGCUAGCAUAGCAGAAGCGUAGCCUGCAGCUUGGUACGUAUGUGAUCGCAGCUUGGUACGUCGCCCGGAACUAAAUUUCCAUGAUGAUUGAGCACAUCAAUUACUCAAUGUGUGCACUACAGAUGGUUAGCAUUUUGUUCAUUCGGUAUUAGUAAUAUGGCAAAUUUAUUCUGACCCUAGCCGGCAGAACCGUGCCAAAGUAAUAAUACUCGCAUUUCUUCCUUA